ACGGAGUUACAAACACGAUUCCGACUGUCAAAUCCAUAGCUUUCCCAACCAACCCACCUUCUUCCUCUUCUCCCAAUCUCCUUCGUUUCCUUCAUCACAGCACGUCUUCUACUCGCUUUUAAGUCACUUCUCAAUCCCUGUUCCCAUUCUUUCAUAUACUUGUUGCUUCCAAAACCACCACACCCCAAAACCAUAAAGCACAGCCCCUUUUGUCAUAUUAGUUAAACAAAGCUUUAGUUCUUUAGAGCCAGAGAGGAACAAACCAAUCAAACAAUGGCUGAUCUAGAAGGAGGAGGGCCGCCAAAAGCCAGAAGCAACGGUUACAACAACCCAAACCAGUACUAUGUCGCAACUUCCGAGUCUUCGUGGACAUCGUGGUUGGUUCCUAUGAUUGUAGUUGCCAAUGUUGCUAUCUUUAUUGUGACCAUGUUCGUGAACAACUGUCCGAAGAACAAUUCGGGUUUGGAAGGCAAGUGUGUGGCCAGGUUUCUUGGGAGGCUUUCCUUUCAGCCUUUGAAAGAGAACCCUCUUUUUGGUCCAUCUGCUGCAACAUUGGAAAAAAUGGGAGGCCUGCAGUGGUACAAGGUUGUACAUGGGAAUGAAGCAUGGAGGCUUAUCGCUUGUAUCUGGUUGCAUGCCGGUGUCAUACAUGUGCUUGCAAACAUGCUGAGCUUGGUCUUUAUUGGCAUCCGUCUGGAACAGCAAUUCGGCUUUGUUCGCGUGGGGAUAAUCUACCUGUUGUCAGGACUUGGUGGGAGUAUAUUAUCAGCCCUUUUCCUUCAGAGUCAUAACAAUAUUUCUGUUGGUGCUUCUGGCGCUUUGUUUGGACUUCUUGGAGCUAUGUUAUCAGAGCUUCUCACCAACUGGAGUAUCUAUAGCAACAAGGCUGCAGCUCUGUUCACUCUUGUAAUCAUCAUUGCCAUCAACUUAGCAGUUGGAAUUCUUCCUCAUGUUGACAACUUUGCCCACAUUGGAGGAUUUAUUUCUGGGUUUCUCCUCGGUUUUGUACUGCUAUUUCGUCCCCAGUUUGGAUGGUUGGAGAGUCGGAAUCUUCCAGCUGGUGCUCGUGUCAAAUCUAAGUACAAGGCUUACCAAUUGGUUUUUUGUGUGCUUGCCCUUGCCUCGGUGAUUGUUUGGUAUACUGUGGGAUUGGUGAUGCUGUUCAAAGGAGAGGACGGAAACAAGCACUGCAGCUGGUGCCAUUACCUAAGCUGUGUGCCAACCAAACAUUGGAAGUGUAACAACACAAGCUGAUGAGCUCUCCCACAUCUACAAUUCAACUUCCAUACCUUGACCUUGAUAUCUUGCUCUCUAUUCUGUUUUUUUGUUCUUUGAUAUGUUAUAAUUUCAUUGGCAAACUUUCACUGGUGUACAUGCAUAGUUUGUGAGCACAUGAGAUUUUCUAGUUUGUGUGGAACCUGGAGAUAGUAAUGUAUAUUAGAUACAGGGUGUCUUUAUACAUUAGAUACAGGGUGUCUUUACAUUAUAUACAAAUGAUUUGCUCUUGUAUGCAA